CCAAUGUCCUUUGGCUGACAUUGCAUCGGUGCUAUAAAAUUGGGACCUCUGUAGACUAGUCCCAGAAUAUCUGGUCUACUCUGAGGAUCCAUGGUGAGGAAGAUGCUUCUAAGCUGGAUUGUCGCCUUGACUCUCCUCCACGCCACGCUGACCCAUGGCCAAGAAAUUUCUGUAAACAACGGUGGUGGUUGGGGUGACUGGGGAUGGAUGGAUACCUGCCCAUCUGGAACAGUAGCAACAGGCUUUGAAUUGAAGGUGGAGAAACCUCAAGGAAAUGGAGAUGAUACGGCGCUAAAUGCGAUCAAACUGUUAUGUACAAGACCUGGAGACAGAUACGUUCAAGCACAAAUAAUGUCGAAGCAAGGAGGAUGGGGAAAUUGGAAUGGUUAUCAGUGGUGUCCCUCUGGAUAUCUCAUCAGUUUUGCUCUGCAAGUUGAGGGGUCCCAGGGCGAUGGUGACGAUACUGCAGCCAACAAUAUCAUGUUCCAGUGCUCUGAUAAUAAUAUCCUGACAGGUUAUGGUGGAGGCUGGGGAACAUUUGGAUCUUGGAGUGGUAAAUGCCACUCUGGAAUUUGUGGCAUCAGAACCAAAGUGGAGCGUGACCAAGGAAAAGGAGAUGACACGGCCAUGAAUGAUGUCGUUUUCAGAUGUUGUUAAAAUCAGGAUCACAAUUAUAAAAAAAAAGAAGAAUAUGAAUAUUUGCUUGAAAUAAAAUGAUUCAUGCUAUUGUUUAAAAAAAUAAUAAUACUUUAAUAAAGAAAUCAGAUGAGAUGUUGAA